AUGUCGAAAGAAAUUUCUGAUGCUGCUGAGCGGAUGCUGUUGGAGGAGGAUACUCCUAUGGAAUCUCUAGAGAGUAUGGUGAAGGAGCUCCUUCGACAGCAAAAAGAGGACCGAAAACGGUAUGACGCCAUUUUAGAGCAACAGCAGCAGCAGCAGCAGCAGUUGCUACAACAACUGCAGCAGCAAGAAGUGAAUGUAAAUCGACGAGGACAGGGACGUGGGCGUAGCCGGGCCCAAUGGUACCUCCGCCGUCAUUAUCGUGACGCGCCAAGGCAAAAUAUUAAUGACCGCAGUCAACAAGAUGGCGAUGGACAACAAAAUGGUGGUGAUGGAGGUGAUCGAGGUGGCGGUAGUCGUGAUGGCGGUAGUCGUGGUGGCGGUAGUCGUGGUGGCGGUCACUACCACGUGUGGGCAGUUCUCGACGAGCUCUAA